UUAAGCACUGGUAUUACAGCGCUCGACAUUAUAGACCAGUAUAGCUGUUAGAAUAUAGUCAAUGGUAUAGAAUAGGGAGCGAUGAACAUACAUCCAGAAGCAGAGCACAGCCGUAGAGCAUAGUAUUGGUGACAUAAGUACUGGUGGAGAGUCAGUGAGCAAAGACAUGAAUGAUAUGCCGUUCAGGCAUUUUGAAUACAAGUCAUUGAUUUCUUUUAACUAACAGUUUUGGUGUUUCCAUAUUUUGUGACAAUUAUACCGAAAACUACAAUAUUUAUCAAUGUAUAUGUCUUUAACAUAUUAUCUAUAGUCUAAAUAGAUUCACAUUCAAAGCUUAGGCGCAUUUCAGUGACUUAUUGUUGGCCACUAUUUGUGACCGCAAUUAACGUCCAAAAAUGCCGCCGUACUUAACUCAACCGCAUUUUUCAAACAGUCUUGUGAUUAAACGAUUCUUUUCGGGAACUAAUUUGGGCGAACCUCAGGCCGAACCCAUUCCCGAAAGUGAUAACAAUGAAGUUACGACCCGAAGUAUAAGCUCAACCAUUGCCGGUACCAUUACGUCGACUUUGUCAACAACGACAACAUCGGCGCCUGUGGUUACCGAAGGAAUUAUGACCAGAAUGGAGAAAUCGGGGGAAAAGAUAUUAGAAACAGUUUCAGACAAAACACAUAUUCCUUUUUGGGGCGUUUUCUUCAUAUUUCUCGUGAUUGUCGGUGUCUUUUUGGUUAUUUUUUACUGUUUUCUUCAACGAUGGUGGAGAAAGUUUAGGGGCAAAGAAGGCAAAGGGUUUAUGGGAGGCAAAGUUGACCUCAAAUCCGUACAACUGUUAGGACAGGCAUAUAAAGAAAAGGUUCAGCCAGAUAUGGAAGAAUUGGCGACAAAUAUGGAAGAAAACGAAAACGAAAAGGAAGUAAAAGAAGAAAUAAAAUUAGGAAGACUUCAGUUUAAAAUUGAUUACGACUUCAAUCAGGCGACUUUAGCAGUUGGUGUACUUCAAGCCGAGGAGCUUCCGGGUCUCGAUAUGUCGGGUACUAGUGAUCCAUACGUUAAAGUUUAUCUCUUGCCGGACAAGAAAAAGAAAUUUGAGACCAAAGUUCACAGAAAAACAUUAAACCCAGUCUUCAACGAAACUUUUAAUUUUAAGGUCCCGUACGCAGAGAUCACUACAAAAACAUUGGUAUUUGCUGUCUAUGAUUUUGACCGAUUUUCAAAACACGAUCAAAUUGGUGAAGUGAAAAUACCAUUAAAUCAAAUAGAUUUGGCACAAACUAUUGAAGAAUGGAGAGACUUAACCAGUGUUGAGGGUGAACAGGGACAGGAAAACAAGUUGGGAGACAUUUGCUUCUCAUUACGUUACGUACCGACCGCUGGAAAGCUAACAGUUGUUAUACUUGAGGCCAAAAACCUCAAGAAGAUGGAUGUCGGAGGUCUGAGUGAUCCAUACGUUAAGAUUGCACUCAUGCAGAAUGGAAAGAGAUUAAAGAAGAAAAAGACAUCGAUAAAGAAGUGUACACUAAAUCCUUAUUAUAACGAGUCGUUUACAUUUGAGAUACCUUUUGAACAAAUUCAAAAAAUCCAAUUACUUGUCACUGUUGUCGACUACGAUAGGAUCGGUACAUCCGAACCAAUCGGAAAGGUGAUAUUAGGCUGUAAUGCUUCGGGUACUGAACUGAGACAUUGGAUGGAUAUGUUGGCCUCUCCUCGACGACCAAUAGCUCAGUGGCAUUCACUAAAGGAUCCGGAAGACAGUGGAGGAAAAGAAAAUUAAUCGACUAUUUUAUUAUAUUUUAAUGGUUUUCUAGUAUUUGAAUAUUACGACAAUUUUUUAUGUAAUUGAUUUUAUGCUUCUAUCGGAUUAUUUUAAGCACAUAACAAAUAAUUAGUUAUUUAAUAUUUUCAAUAACUAUUAUUAUCACCAAAUAUUGAUUAUG